CUCGACUAUGCCACUACCAUCGCAUUUGCAGCUACCGCUCGAGCUACACGAAUACAUAAUCGACUAUCUCCACGAUGACCAGCGCGCACUCAGGGCUUGCAGCCUUGCGUACCGAGGCUUGCUCCGCACCACUAGACACCACCUCUUCGAGUCUAUCGUCCUCCGACGGGUCGCGGACUGUCUUCGCUUCCUCGACGCCCUGGAAUCCUCUGCGCAGACUCCAGUCAGGAUCGCAGAUUAUGUCCGGGAUAUCCAGCUUCCCUACAUGGCGCUCGUGAGAGGGAAUCGAGGGGAACGAAAGGGGUGGCGUUUCGAGCUGUUGCGUCGGAUACUCCGCGACCUGCGCAACCUCGCCUGUCUACGAAUGCACGCUUUCGAUUGGUUGGGAUUCUUUGACCUCUUAACUAUGGAGACUUUCGCUGCGAGGAGCCUGACGGAAGCGAUGGCCGCGUUCUUCCCUUUCCCAAACCUCAAGAAACUGCACAUCGACCACUGCGUCCUCCGUUCGUCACGCGAGCUGACACGGCUCAUGUCUGUCUUUCCUCGACUCUCAUGGCUGGACCUGCAGCUGAUCGUGGAGCCUUCGAUACCGGGCGAAUCGUCUCCAGAGCCCUCUGACGACCUCAGGGAUCUGCAAUGCGUUGAACUCGGUACGAACAUGAGGACGCUCGUGGCGGAUUUCAAUUAUAGCUCGCAAGCUAUGCUCGCGUGUAUCGUGGAAUCACUGCUCGGACCUCCGUUCGAAGUGAAUCUCAGUCGAGUUGUAUGGGAUGCAGGCCCCCUUGAGAGGCGUCAGGUAGAUGAUAUGUCCCUGUUGAAAGAAGUGAUACGGAGGUCGGAGGCCACCUUGGAGUCGUUCAAGGCAACAUUCCCUGAAGACGGUGAGUCGCUUCCGCAGUUGCUAAUCAGUGUCACUCACCUGUAUGUCGGGAUGGUAGCGUGGCUGACAGACCUUGAUCUGUCUCGUCAUCAACAGCUCACGACGUUCACUCUCGCUCUCCGCUUCGACGUCGAGAACCCCUUCUUCUCUGCAUUACCCGUCUUCUUCUCUGGGCUCACAUCCGAACGGCUGCGCGAUGUCCACCUGCACUUCGAGCUUGUCGACAUUGCUGCUGAAUGGGCCUACGUCGACUGGCCUCGUCUGGACCAAGCCUUUGCUUCUCUCCACAGAAGAUGUCCCUUGUUGAGUAUCACCUUCCACGUCCACAGUAUCGUGGUAACGGGUAGCGAGAGACCCCAUGUCUUCCAUCCUCUCAAGGAGCGACUGUCGCAAACUAUAGAAGCGGGGAUGCGCGUCGCAUUAGUGCUUACCAAGACCGUCUUCCGCCCCCGGGAUGAUAGCAACGAGCCGUUGCACAUGGAGUUUACCACUGAAAUUGAAGAACGCUGCUGGUUGUCAUGAAGGACCUCAGUGAGGAUAUAAUGCUGACAUCGUGUAGACACUGGCAUGGUCAUCUGCCUUCGUGUCUACAGGUGCUGGAGUUCCCUUUUCGCAAAGCAAGAGGUUUCGACAGAGAGAGCUCGAUGAGCUUGUAAAAUACAUUCCGUGUACCACAGUCUACCACUUCAGCUAUUUGGUGAUACACAAUCAUACACCUGAGUUCAAUUGAAUUACAUCACGAUGUCGAGAGCGACAUUGUUGGAUGCGAACUUCGAUUUCUGAGAUUCUUCAUCUUUCACGUCAAACAUUGUGCGAUC